CGCAGAGUUUAGAUUUUAAUGAACUUACAAAAACACAUAUGAAUUUAUAUGCAUGUACACAUUCAAGAAAGACCAAAGAACCCAAGACUCGGAAGGGGAGAAAGAAUGCACACUGCCUGCUCAGCGAAUCUCAAAAGAGGAACUAAGAGUCGCAUGACUAUUGUUCGCAUGACUAUUGUGUUGCAAGUGUAUCCGUUACUAUUGUGUUGCAAGUGUAUGGAAAAACCCAGAUGGUCUGAGAGAUUGGGUCACACAGCCAGUAUAAAUAAGGCUGCUUUUUCAGUGUUAGUGGUUGCAUCUUGCUAGAAGAUUUUUUGCGUGCAUCUCUGAAGGUAAUCAUUCUUCAGUCCAGCUUGCUGGAACAUAUAUUGCUUUAACUGCUUAGCUGUCUGAUGUUAACUUGACCUGCUCAUAGAAAGACAAGGUUAGUUAUUUCCUUUGAUACUUGAACUGUGUAUGUUAAGAAAAACUUUGUGACUGAACCACUUAUACAGGACUGCCCUGUUAAGUUGGGAGAAACUGAGGUAUUAUAAUCUGUAACCUUUUCUUUUGUUGCUACUAUUAACAAUCAUUGUGUAACCAGUGUUAUUAUCGUUUGUAUAAAUAAAUUUUCAUUUUAUAAAGAUAAAAGUUGAAUAGUUCUUUGCCUCGGGUCACAAUACCAGUUCUAUAAGCAAUAGUAAGAGCAUUAAAGCUACCCUUGCGAGAGCAAGAGGUCACCAGGACUCCACGGAAGCAUCUCCACGGAGGAAGCAGGAUGGUGAAACAGCGGAAACAUCUGAAGAGGAAGUACCUAAAGCUGCGGAGGAAGCGAAGCAGCUUGGGAAUCGGGCUGUUGUCAGCGCUGACUAUGCUGGGAGCAGCAUUGUUAAUAUUGGGUCUGGGAUUAUCAGUAGAUAACGAGACAGAAGUGGUUAGCGUAUCAUCCUGCUCUGUUGUUGAAAAAUUAGUGUUAAAAAUAUGCUAUAAGCAAACAGUAAAUAUUGGUGGGGUGAAAUAUGGCUCGAAAAUGAUAAGGGGCAUGUUUAAAGGACUGAUAGAACAUAUAGAUAAAUCAUUUUGGAACUGUACAGGGGCUCGGAAAAUAAGUGCUACGAAGGGGCCAGCUCUUUACGGGGGUAAAGUAAUUAAGAAUAGUACCAGGUGGAGAUGGAAUAUUCUCGACGGUCAUAAUCAGACGCACGUAAAGCUAAAGGGCCUAAAGUACAAUCUCACUGAUAUCACUAAUUUGACGUUUAGUAAGCAUGUGUACAAAAUAUGGAAUAGUCCUGUACUCCAGAUAACCGGAGUGCAGCAUUGGGAUUGUCUGACCAAGGAAAUUGUUACGGAGCAUAGUAAUAAAUGGUUGGGUAAAACUGUUGGGGAUCAGUUGAUAGAGAUUGAAAUUGAUAAAGUUCCAGCAGAUAAAAGACGUAGCAGUAGAUCUGCCCCAGAGGGGGCGAAUUAUCGGAUCACGGACCAAACAUGGAAUAAUGAAGAUAAUUCAGACCCAGUGCAGCAAAGUUAUUGGCCCAAGGGCCUAAAUCCGCACGUUUUAAUUGUCGGAGUUUAUAAAAAUAAACCUAAGCCGGCCUAUGUUGAGUUAAAUUGGGUAACGUGCGAACAUUUGGUCAUGCCUAUUGGGAUGUGUGAGAGGCGCAGUAAGUGCCCGUUGUUGACCAAGAACAAAUUUGUAAGUAGUAAACCGGAAAAUCAGUUUUGGUACAACAUUGACCAGCAUUGCAGAACUGAUUAUGGUAAGACGACCGCAUGGGUGUGUUAUCUGAAUAGCACCUCUAAAUGGGACUAUAAGGAAUUCGAAAAGCACGGUAAUGAUAUUAUUAACCUGUGGCAUGAUUGGAUGUUGUUGCAGGAUCCGAGUAAUGACAUGGUGAAGAGGGAGAGUAGGCGCGAUACGUGGACGAUCAACGCCACCUUGUGGGCGAAUGGGGUAGGGGGAAAGAGAUUGCAUCCCCUGACCUUAGAUUAUGCGCCCAGACCAGGUCUGUCGAUAGAACUGGCAAAUUACUCGGGCAUUAUGGACUAUAUCUUGAGUAAUGUGACUAACCAGCAAUACAGGUCCGCUCUUGCCCUGUACUGUAUGGGUUGGGACGGCGUUCAUCGGAGUACCCAUACAAAUCAAGGUAUUUGGGCGAACCAUAGUGAUGCUGCUAACAAAGGGACUUUAAGAUGGAUUGGACUUUCUAACCUUAUGUAUAGGGUGUGGGAUGUUUUUCCAGUGGUAAUGGGGCUGGAUAAGACGACGACGCGUACUGUAAGCUGGAGGUCGUUCCAUAAUCAUCCGGCUAAUAAGAGUAUAUUCCCGAUCGUGUGGACAAUAUGGAAUAAAACCGUAGGGUUGCAAACCAGAACGUUGGCGCAUGGUUUUUGGAGUAGUAAAUAUUAUUUGCCGAUGUUGAAACCUUCAGAAAGGCGCGGUGCGACGAAUACUGACUAUAAAAUUCUGAUGGCCUCGCCCAAAUUUGAUAUCAAAGACAGUGGCUCAUUCUCGAGACAUAGUCUGAGGCCUGAGGACCAUGACCGUGAUGAGGUAAAGAAACGGUCAAAUGUCUGGAACAUGGGUUUGGGAAAAUUUGUGUACAGGCAUUGGGAUGAGGUUAAGUAUUUGUGGAUACCCGCGAAAGAGCAAUAUUGUGACAUGGAAAUGUUUGAUUCAUGGAAAAUUAAAACCCCAGGAAAUAUAUUUAGUCCUAACAUUACGUGGAUGCAUGGAGAGGAACAUGUUUUUUGUACUUUCAAAAAUUUCAAAGUGAUUGGCGCAGAUCGGGUUGGUAGUGUAAGUGGGGCGGUUGAUAUAAGCUCGAUAACCGGUGCAGCUCCCUUUAUGAUGAUUGCGCGUAAUCAGAUAAUGAAAAAAUGCGCUUUCUCCGCUCUAUUGAAUAGCGCCGAAGAGUCACGUAGUUUUUAUGACCCGAUAGACGAUUAUCUGGAGGCCCUAGUUCCUCUUGUGACCAAAUAGGGGACGGAAGUGCAGGCCUAGCGGUGACAGGGAUUGAGAAGUGUCUAAAUGAGCGGACAAGGUUACGGAUCAUUCAGUUGCUUUUUGGUGGCGGACAAGGAGGCUAUCUUCACUCUCUCUAAACUUUCUUCUAUUCGCAACAGCAGCAGUAGACUCAAUGGCAGGCAAUUACAGCAAUACUACAAGGCAUUGCAUUGACAGACCAAAAGAAAUUGUGAGUAUAGUUUCUAUAAAUUUAUGGUUGAUUGUAUAUUGGAUAUCUGGAAUAUUAAGUCAAAGAAUGCCGGAGCAAGUAGUAUUGAUGUUUUUGAGCCUUGGCCUUUAUAACUUUUUGGACGAUAUUUCAUUAGUGCUAAUUCUAGUGUCUCAGCUGCUGAGAAGUGCGAGAUAUGUUAAAUUGUUUGGAAAAAAGGGAAUUGUUGCAGUUAUGGUUUUUUCCAUAGCUAUAACUGUGUACAAUUUCACAAAAUGCUACGUUGAAUUAAUUUGGGUUAAAUACGUAGGUGUGGGGCUUGCGCUCAUCACAUACGUAUUUUUGAUUAUCUUAAGCUAUAGAAGAAAUACUGUUUUAAAGCCUUUGGUGAAAAAAUUGGCUGUUCUUUAUUUCUUGGUUUUACUGAUUGCUGGCAGUUCAAGACAAGUGAACGAGCCAAAGCUAUUCAUGUUAGCCAUUCUGAUGGGCAUUAAUGAUUAUAGCUAUAUGUGGAAAAUGAUUGACAAUUGUCGAACUGAUUGCAUUAUUUGUGGAUGAAAACAAAAGAAAAAAAAAAAAACACGAAAAAACGAACCUGAAUGACUUUGGCAGUGCUGAAAAAAAAAAAAGAGCACUUGCUGGUUGUUAUUCUUUUGUUUUGUUUAUUUUGUUUUUUGUCAUAAAUUGUUUUCAUGAUGUUUUUGGUUUCAAUAAUUUUGGAAAUAUUUUGAUCAAUAGAACAGUGACGGGAAGAGAAAAAAAAAAAAAAAAAAAACCCGAUUAUUGUCACUGACGGAACAUGUUAAGUUCGCCAAUUUGUUGAGUUUACAAAUUAUUUUCUAAAAAGGUCUGGAUUUAGUUUGUUUCUUUCGAAAUGAAAAGCAAUUUUGUUUUGUUAACAAUGUUUUCAUUUUCUUUUGAACUACAUCAUUUCAUGUAUGAGUAGGGUGAUGUAUUUGGAAAUUUUAAUUUAUGGUGACCAGUCAAGUCAUGGGGUUGCUGCGUUCAGGAAGGGCCCCCUGGGGGGCAGCAACUGACCAAUGACAGUUUGAUUGACGGGGUCAUUGUUGAAAAGACAAAGAAAGAAGAAACACACUUAGAAAGUUCGUUUGGUUUAUUUGGGGUUGAAGAAACGAAUUUUGUUUUUGUUUUUGUAUAAUGUUGGUCUUUUUUGUUUGAACUACCUCAUUCAUGACAUGGUUUAUUUACUGUAUGUUAUCAUACUAUAGGUCCCUGCUGACUGGAGGAGGGCGACGCAACUUGGGCAUUUUUUAAUUUGUGAAGAAUGUUUUGAUGUGUUCAAGAGUUAUAGUAUGAGAAUUGAAGCAUAUAAACAAGAGUGUAAGGACGUUAGAGUUUAUUGUCCAGAAUGUGUGAUGAAACUGGGUUUUAGCAUGAGACAAAUGACCCGCAUUUGCUUUGACAGGCAUGGGACGAGGAGUGGAGGUCCAGGCAACACUCAUAAUUUUACAUAUGGGGAAAUGAGAUUUUUCCUUGACAUGAAAUGGAAAGUCAUCGAAUUAGAUGAUGGAUUCGAACGUUUGUUUAGUUUGGGGGAGCAAAUAUUUCAGAAUACCUGCUGUGUUAACAUUCAGACCUAUCCAAGAAGACACAAGGAAGUCCUGGGCUUUUGCACAAGACAGGCGCGUAUUAAUGGCCGAAUUGUCUGUGUGCUUGUCCUUGAUCCCAAUAUAGAUCUGCCUGGAGCGUCUGACACAGGUUCGAUGGGAACCAAGAGUGCUGAACGAGGGCAUAGCAGCCAGGGGAAGCGAACUGGCCUUGGCCCUGGCAGAUCUGGUGACAAUGGACCAGGCCCCAAGAGAAAAGGACUCAUUCCGGUGGAUGCCGGUGGACCGGCGUUGGUAUCGACAAACGAUGGGCUGUCUGUUGGCACAGUACGGAAGGCUGAUAAUUGGCUUCUUCCAAAGAGAGUCUGAGUUAAGAUAUAGGUUUUAUGAGUGUUGUUUGGAUUUUGUGGUGCCCACUGUCUAUGUUUAUAAUGUUAAACUUGAUGAACUUGAUGUCAUUUAUCCGAGGGAUUUUAUUAAACGUGUUUUUAUAACUCCAAGAGGGGGUGCAACGCAGAGUUUAGAUUUUAAUGAACUUACAAAAACACAUAUGAAUUUAUAUGCAUGUACACAUUCAAGAAAGACCAAAGAACCCAAGACUCGGAAGGGGAGAAAGAAUGCACACUGCCUGCUCAGCGAAUCUCAAAAGAGGAACUAAGAGUCGCAUGACUAUUGUUCGCAUGACUAUUGUGUUGCAAGUGUAUCCGUUACUAUUGUGUUGCAAGUGUAUGGAAAAACCCAGAUGGUCUGAGAGAUUGGGUCACACAGCCAGUAUAAAUAAGGCUGCUUUUUCAGUGUUAGUGGUUGCAUCUUGCUAGAAGAUUUUUUGCGUGCAUCUCUGAAGGUAAUCAUUCUUCAGUCCAGCUUGCUGGAACAUAUAUUGCUUUAACUGCUUAGCUGUCUGAUGUUAACUUGACCUGCUCAUAGAAAGACAAGGUUAGUUAUUUCCUUUGAUACUUGAACUGUGUAUGUUAAGAAAAACUUUGUGACUGAACCACUUAUACAGGACUGCCCUGUUAAGUUGGGAGAAACUGAGGUAUUAUAAUCUGUAACCUUUUCUUUUGUUGCUACUAUUAACAAUCAUUGUGUAACCAGUGUUAUUAUCGUUUGUAUAAAUAAAUUUUCAUUUUAUAAAGAUAAAA